AAGAAGAGAGCCGCGCGCGCCUCCAGUCCCAGUGUCACACCUGCGUCUGGAGCGAGAGGUUUGAGCUCAACAUGUAACUUCUUUUACGUGAGAGAUGGAGAACCAGAGCGACGCAGAGCUGCCGCCCGCCACCAAAGCCCUCCUGGGAGUGGGUUUGGAUAACUUAAUCUCGCUGCUUAUAUUCGCGCUGAUCUUCAUUCUGGGGGUUUUGGGGAACACUUUGGUGAUCACGGUGCUCGCGCGCAGUAAACCCGGGCGGCCACGCAGCACAACAAACAUCUUCAUCCUGAACCUGAGCGUGGCAGACCUGUCCUACCUGCUGUUCUGCGUACCCUUUCAGUCCACCAUCUACGUGCUGCCCACCUGGGUGCUGGGCGCGUUCAUCUGUAAGUUCAUCCACUACUUUUUCACCGUGUCCAUGCUGGUCAGCAUCUUCACACUGUCCGCCAUGUCCGUGGACCGUUAUGUGGCUAUAGUUCACGCGCGGAAAUCCUCUUCUAUUCGCGUGGCAAGGCACGCGACCCUAGGUGUGGUGCUUAUUUGGACCCUGUCUUUGGGCAUGGCGUCCCCCGUGGCACACUUUCAGAGCAUCGUUGAGCCCGAGGACAAUAAUACAUACUGCUGGGAGGUCUGGCCGGACCAUCACCGGAAAGUAUACGUUAUGUGCACGUUCGUGUUUGGAUACCUGCUGCCGCUCGUGCUCAUCUCCGUCUGCUAUGCCAAGGUUUUAAACCAUCUUCACAAAAAGCUGAAGAAUGCCUCCAAAAAGUCCGAGCUCUCCAAAAGAAAGACCGCUCUGACCGUGCUGGUGGUAGUGGUGGUCUUCUGCCUCUCCUGGCUGCCCCAUCACGUGGUCCAUCUCUGGGUGGAGUUCGGUUCGUUCCCCCUGAACCAGGCCUCCUUUGUCUUCAGGAUGGUGGCCCACAGCUUGGCUUACAGUAACUCCUCAGUCAACCCCGUCAUUUACGCCUUUCUGUCCGAGAACUUCAGAAACUCGUACAAACAGGUGUUCUGGUGCCGCACGCCAGACUGCCCCCUGAACGACACUCGGGACCACCGUAGCAAAAUGGACACGGCCCUGUCCACCAAUAUCAGCGCCGCAUUCAAAAACAUAGACUCACAGUUCACCAAGGUGAUCUGAGCGUGCUAACCGUGCUAAUGUGGCUAAAGCUAUGUACAGGAUUGGAAGAGAUGCACAUUUUAAAGAAAAUAGUUGUGAGAAUGUGUUGUCAAUAUUAAUUUUGCAACCAUCAUAUUAUACUUGCUGCAAGAAAAUGCAUUCCCAACUCUUCUGGCUCUGGCCCUAUCCCGCAGUGGUAAUGCGUUUAGGUACACUCCACAGACAAUGACUGGAACUGAAUAAAUGUAAAUGUUGUAUCUGCACAGACUCCAGGUUCAGUGAGGUAAUAUGAGACUUGGUUCUUAGGCUGUGUAGAGUAUUUAAUUACCAGAAUAAUACUGUAUGUCAAUUUACAGAGAAUGUAUAUGAUAUGUUUAGUAUUAUGUCAAUACCACAAUAAACUGUAUCUAUCAACACAGUAAGACUUACUGCACAAACUAGAAAGAUUGCAAAGAUGGACAAGUGCAACUGAACAUUUUUUUGAGCGUUUCAAUUAGAGGAAUAAACCCAACUCCAGUAGGAAAGAACAUCUGCUAACUAAUUCAGGAAAUAUGGGAGUGUUAUCAGGAGUUCUGCAUUGGUCUUUAUCUCUGAAUUUAUUUCGGGAUGGGAAUUUCCAGUACAGCCUCUUCCUAGGAACAGAUCGUUAUUCAGUUCCUUUCUCAAGAACUAAUUAUAAAAACUUAUUUGUGCAGAUGAGACAACAAUU